AUUCAAUGCGGUGUGAUGAAACUCUCCCUCCCUAAACUUCUGGACUUUGACUGGCGAGUGGACAUCAAAACCUCUUCAGAUGCUGUGGCCAGGAUGUCAGUGCCAACUUGUAUUUUAAAUUUUCAGAUUCAAGAGAACAAGACAGAUGUCAAAGAAACAGCACAGACAGAGAAUAUCAAUGUUGAACUCAGCAAAGAGACUUUGGAUACUAUGCUGGAUGGCCUGGGUAAAAUAAGAGACCAAUUGGCUUCUGUAGCUAAUAGAUAGAGUCUAGAUGUUAGGGUGAUGUUGUUAUGGUUGGGCUUGGUGUAGACAACUGAUAAUUCAAUUGCUGUUGAUAUGUAAAACCUUUAGAAUUUUAAACUUUCUAAAUAAGUUUUUAAAUAAUUUUGAAACUUGAGAGUUAAAUUAUGUCUUAAGUGAAGCUUUUGUUUUUAUUAGAUUGAUCAAGUAUAAUCAUGCAAAAAAUACAAAUCUAAUUAAGUUUUGACCUUAUCUUGUUUUGAUGAGCUACCAACAUGUAUUUUCAUCCUUCGCACUAUCUAGCUACAUGGUGUAUGAUGUAAGAUUUUAAAAUUAAAUGUGAUAUGUACCAUUACAUUGCUGUUUAUGCAAGCAAUUUUGUCUGAUCAUAAACAGUUUUUUCUAGUUUAGGCUGUGGAUAAUUUUAACCUGUACAGAUAUUCUUGAUGAAAUACAUUUUUUUUAUUUUUUAAAAAUUAUUUGGUUAGUUUUUUUUUGUUAGACCAAGGGAAAUAGCUUGUUACAUUUUACAUGGAUUUUGAAAACCACAUUGAAAAUCAAAAUUUAA